AUGGAUGACCUAGAUAUACAUAACUAUGUUAACAGGGCUUUGCAUGAACAAGUCUCCAAGAUCGUGGACCCGUCGCUUCUUUCUGAAGGAAGAGAUGAAAACAAUAGAAUUACUCAUGGAGAGGAAACUAUUAAUGGUGGAAGAGAGAUUAAUUGCAUUAUUUCCCUAUUAAAAAUCGGACUGAAGUGCUCUGCAAAAUUGCCAAAUGAUCGGAUGCACAUUAAUGAAGUUGUCAGAAAAUUACAUCUCAUUAAGGAUGUCUUACUUGGUGUAAGGCUGCUUGCUGGUCUAAAUCACCAAGAUGAAGUUGCUAGAAGUGGUGAAGAAAAAGUACUGAAAAUCGUCAUUCCAGCAGACUCCCAGUUUGGCGUGCCCACGCCUAAAAACUUUUAUCAUUCAAUCAUCAAUUUGUUGCAAAUUAAUCCAUCUUCGCAUCCAACAGCUCAUGGAAGUUCCCAAUACCAUGUGGGGAUUUCGCUCAUCAUCAACAUUAGCGAGCAUUUUUCUCCUAGCCACUGGGAAGGAGUCACAUGCAGUGCCCGACAUCAGAGGGUCAUAGCCUUGAUUCUAAGGCAUAAGCAGUUGUCUGGAACCAUAUCUCCUCAUGUCAGAAAUCUAAGCUUCAUGAGGUUCAUCCUACUUGCGGAGAAUCAAUUCCAUGGUGAGAUUCCCCAAGAAUUCGGUCGCCUCUUCAGGCUAAGAGCCUUGAACCUCUCAAGUAACGCAAUCAGUGGAAAAAUCCCAGCAAAAUUGAACUACUGCGCAGAGAUGAUAGCUGUUGACCUAACCAGUAACAAGCUAGAAGGGAAGAUUCCAAUUGAUCAGCUGAGCUAUUUGAAGAAGCUUGAAUUUUUAUCUUCACGCAAACAAUUUGACAGGAGAGAUUCCCUCCUCCAUUGGGAACUUAUCAUCGCUGACUACACUCAGUCUUGCCUUUAA